AUGGAUGCCGUGCUGGCAGAAAUAGGCGUCCUGCGGCCACCUAUUGAGGAGGGCGCGACAACGGUGCAAUCGUUAUCACUGGCAAUAGGCCGUUGCUACGGCGGAAAUUUAUUUGCGACUCGACGCCUGCGGAUGCUGCUGCUGAGCAUCGGCCUAUAUCGACCCGUAGUCCUCGAAACCUGCUCAGCGUUCGUGAUGAUCACCACUGUGCGCAGCCGUGUUGCCGUAGACCGCGGCGACUUUGCGGCACUAGCUUUACUCGACGUGUCGGCCAUGUUUGACAGGGUGCUGUUUAGUCUUGAUACCGGGGGAGAGGGGGAGGAUGCGCAGCUCGGUGACCGACGGCGCGCUGGCGUCGCCGGGGGAUUGGGAGGGACUGGCGAUACUGCGAACACGGGAGGAGAAGCAACGGGGGGUGCUGGCGAUACUGCCAACACGGGAGAAGCAACGGGAGGGGCCGGUGAUACUGCCAACACGGGAGAAGCAAUGGGAGGGGCUGGUGAUACUGCCAACACGGGAGAAGCAACGGGAGGGGCUGGUGAUACUGCCAACAUGAGAGAAGCAACGGGAGGGGCCGGUGAUACUGCCAACACGGGAGAAGCAAUGGGAGGGGCUGGUGAUACUGCCAACACAGGAGAAGCAACGGGAGGGGNGCAUUUGUGUUUCUGGUCUGCAACGAAGCUUUAG